AGAGAACAUGAUGGUUUAUACAGCAGCCACUCUUUUCCAAGCCCACAAGUUGAUGAGUCGAAGGCAACGAAUGAUGAAUUAAGAUGUGAAACAGCUGGUCCAACAGAUAUAGAGAUCGUUAGUCAUAGGUCUCAAAGAAACACCUCCUUACAUGCACAGGGUGAUGUUACAGAUAUAUCAGAUAAGCCCGCAGUGAAUAUCUCAACCGCUGCAGACGACAGUAAGACCGCUGCAGACGUCAAGAUGAUUGUUACAGACGACAGAAUGACCGCUGCAGACGUCAACAAGACCGCUGCAGACAUCAGUAAGAUCGCUGCAGACGGAAGGAUGACCGCUUCAGACGGAAGGAUGACCGCUGCAGACGUCAGGAUGACCGCUGCAGACGGCAGGAUGACCGCUGCAGACGGCAGGAUGACCGUUGCAGACGACAAGAUAGCAAAGAAUGAAGGUCGCAGAAACAAGGUCAAGGGCAUGAUAACUGAAGGUCUUAGGACAAGAAGUGAUGUAAACCACACAAGGACCAAAGCUAAAAAGCCAUUGAAACCUAAGGAAGAACUCACUGUGGAAGAUGAGACUAAAAUAGCCGCAAAAAUUGCUAAGCUACAAAAGAGAGACCCAGCACUUCCUCGACCAGAUAAAGGAAUUGUUUAUCCAAAAACAAUGAACAACUUAAGUGACGUAGAUAAGGCUUAUUAUGUUGAGCAGUUCCUCAGAAGUGAGGUGUUCAGACAAAGGUGCCUCAGGAAGUACCAGGGAAGUACAACCUGGAUGAAUGGGCUGUCACCAUUCCAACUGUGGGUGUUAGAGAAUGAAGGCACAGCAGACAUUGAAAAUGUUCUCCACCCACUGGCUAAACGACAAAACAACGCACAAGCCAAGGUCAGGUGCUGGAGAGGAAACACCCCACCACCUCCACCAAAAUCCCCAUAAGUUUUUUUCCCUUUUUUCCCCCUUUAUCUUAUUUUUGUUUUUUCCUUUCUUUUGCUCAUUUGUUUAGAUAUUUGUUUUUUAUGCAUUUAUGUUAUGAACGCUAAAUCAUUUACACAAUCAUGUCUAUUGGUGGCUUCAUGAAAGCCGCAACGGAAAGAUGUUACUUCACAAACGCAACAAGACGUCGCUUGGUAGUUGGAAAUCAUGGUUCAAUUUGAAUUUGCAGACGUUGAUAAAUUAUUGUGUUGGAAAAAGACACAAAGCUGCUGUAGUCAUUAUGCAGUGGACAAUACUUCAUAGAUGACGUGACAGCCUAUUUAUAGCACAGUAUGGAACUGCUUUCGAGGUACCAUGUUUAUUUAUAACAAACAGUAUGUAACUGCUUUCGAGGUACCAUGUUUUAAACAUAACUUGAAUAACAGUAUGCGUUAAUGACAAAAUGACAAAUAGUAUGUGAUGUGCUAAUGCUAAUUAGGGAUAAACAGGGUAUAUCCUUUGAUAAACUGCAUGUCGGCGCACAUGUGAUAAACAGUAUAACUUAAGUGAGAGGUAUCCGGCACAAGGGACCAUAUCAUCGGUUGAUU